AUGGCCCUCAAUCUUCGUAAAAACCACCAAAUCCUAAAAAUCAUCAAUGACGCCCUAAUUGACCUUCCUACACCAUCCAACAUCUCAACAUGAUGAAACUUCGGGUCACUACUAGGCAUCUGCCUAAUCUCCCAAAUUAUCACAGGCCUACUGCUAGCCAUACACUAUACAGCAGACACCAACCUAGCAUUCUCCUCCGUUGCCCACAUAUGCCGAGACGUCCAAUUUGGCUGAUUAAUCCGCAACCUCCACGCAAACGGAGCCUCACUCUUCUUCAUCUGCAUCUACCUGCACAUCGGCCGAGGACUUUACUACGGCUCAUACCUCAACAAAGAGACCUGAAACGUCGGAGUAAUCCUCCUCCUAACCCUCAUGGCAACCGCCUUUGUAGGGUACGUCCUACCAUGAGGCCAAAUAUCAUUCUGAGGAGCCACGGUCAUUACAAACCUAUUCUCAGCUAUCCCCUACAUCGGACAAACACUAGUAGAAUGAGCCUGAGGGGGAUUCUCAGUAGAUAACCCCACACUAACUCGAUUCUUCGCCCUUCACUUCCUACUUCCAUUCGUCAUCGUAGGAUUCACAUUAGUCCACCUCACAUUCCUACACGAGACAGGAUCAAACAACCCACUAGGAAUCCCUUCAGACUGCGACAAAAUUCCCUUCCACCCAUACUACACCGUAAAAGAUAUUCUAGGAUUCGUACUCAUACUCAUCCUACUUGUUUCCUUAGCCCUAUUCUCCCCUAACCUCCUAGGAGAUCCCGAAAAUUUCACACCGGCCAACCCCCUAGUGACACCUCCUCACAUCAAACCCGAAUGAUACUUCCUAUUCGCCUACGCGAUCCUACGAUCCAUCCCAAAUAAACUAGGAGGAGUACUAGCCCUAGCCGCUUCAAUCCUCGUACUAUUUCUAACCCCACUUCUCCAUACAUCAAAACUACGAUCAAUAACCUUCCGCCCACUCUCUCAAAUCCUGUUCUGAACCCUAGUUGCCAACGUCCUAAUCCUCACCUGAGUAGGCAGCCAACCAGUAGAACACCCAUUCAUUAUCAUCGGCCAACUAGCCUCACUCUCAUACUUCACAAUUAUCCUAGUACUAUUCCCCCUCGCAGGCAUCCUAGAAAAUAAACUACUCAAACUCUAA